AUGGACCAUUUUGAAAGAGGGUUAUACAACGGCUCGUCUUCCUCAUUUCCUUCGUAUUCGUUGUUCGCUCUCGACCUCAAGAAGACGAUGGGGAGAUCACGCUCGGUAUCUCGGUCUCUAUCUGGACUAUUAGCUGGUGGGGUGUCAACUACCAUUGGACAGCAGCCAUAUCCAUGCAGUAUUGCCUUUAUAGGUCCACCCCCACCUCACCUCAUGUUCUGCUUCUUUAUACUAUUAGUGAACCCUAGACCUCAUUUUCCACAUGCAACUCGGUCAGCACUCCAGCCAGUAGCCCUUCCUUUCUUCCCAGCAAAUUUGGAGCCUCGUCUUUUCUCUCGAUUAGCAUCACACAGGCAUAAGCCAUACAGAUGGAAUUCGUUGCCUUCAAAACUGGAGAAGCCGCUAUUGGAUCCUGAGAAUUUCAACAGGGAAGGGAUUGACCUUGAACGUUUACCAUUGGAAGAAGUCUUUGAACAAUUAAGGACAUCACGAGCAGGCCUUACCACUGAAGAUGCAGAAGUUCGAUUGAAGAUAUUUGGCCCAAACAAACUUGAAGAAAAGCCUGUAAGCAUCAAAACUCCUGAUAAUAUUUGA